ACUCAACGAGAGAAUAAUUUGCAGACGCACCAAAAAGGAAAAAGAAAAAAAACGAAGUAGAAGUAGAAGAAGAAGAAGCUUUUCUUCGAAGCGAAUUGCCCGCGACGUCGACAAUCGGUGGCGGACGAAAUUGAACCCUAAGAACGUUUUUCGAUGAUGGUACGAACCUGACGGUGCCUUCGUCGUUUCUAUGAUCCCGAACCCGAAUUGACCCGAAAUUCAAUUCUUAGAUAAGUUGCUUGGCGGGGAAUUCACCUUCAUUGGUGAAAAUUUGGAGGAAUUUUAGGGUUAUUUGGUGGUAAAAAUGAAGACUAUGGAGACCAUACAGGAUCUGAUCGACGAGGCUAAGCUUCGAACGAUUUGGUGGGCUCUGUGUAUUUUCGGUGUUUCGUAUUUUCUGUCUCAUACGAGUAAGUCAAUGUGGAUGAAUUUGCCAAUGUCAAUUCUUUUGGUUUGCGCAUUAAGGAUUCUUUUAAAUGAGGUGGAAUUUCGCCGGAAAGUUAAACAAGUUUGCCCGCAAACAUAUCUCUCUCAUUUGGAGAAGAAACAGUUGUCUGUAAAUGAUUCACGCCUUUCCACUGCACCUACCCCUACAAAAUGGAAAAGGAAAAUUGACUCUCCGGUUGUAGAGGCUGCAAUUGGUGAUUUUAUUGACAAAAUUUUGAAGGACUUUGUCGUAGAUUUAUGGUACGCGGAGAUAACACCAGACAAAGAGUUUCCUGAGCAAAUACGUUCUAUAAUAUCGUAUGUCCUUGGUGAAAUAUCUGGAAGGGUCAAGGAGAUCAAUCUUGUUGACUUGCUAACACGGGAUAUAGUUGAUCUAGUGGGAGACCACUUAGACCUGUUUAGAAGAAACCAAGCUGUCAUAGGAGUCGAUGUAAUGGGAACAUUGUCUUCAGAUGAGAGAGAUGAAAGGUUAAAACACCAUCUAAUGGCUUCUAAGGAGCUUCAUCCUGCACUGGUAUCACCUGAGAGUGAGUACAAGGUUCUUCAGCGGUUAAUGGCUGGACUGUUGACUGUGGUGCUAAGACCACGCGAAGCUCAGUCUCCUGUAAUUCGAUCUAUUGCACGAGAACUUUUAACCUGCUUGGUAAUGCUACCUGUUAUGAAUUUUGCAAGCCCUGGGUAUAUCAAUGAGUUGAUUGAAUAUGUUUUGCUUGCUAUGAAAGAUGAUAAUACUAAGGACUUGUGUGGUGAUCAGUCAACUUUGGGGAUCCCACAUGAUCAUGAUUCUGGAUCAAGGAAGAAUCCGUCUGUCAAUCAGGGGACUAAUACAGCAUUGGUUAAAAAUUACGAUCAGACAGAAGCUUCCUCAGAUUAUAAUAGAUCCCAGGAAGAGCCUUUGCAGCCACGUCCAGCUGAUUGGGCACGAAUACUGGAGGCGGCAACACAGAGAAGAACUGAAGUUCUUGCUCCUGAAAAUCUUGAAAACAUGUGGACAAAAGGAAGGAACUACAAAAAGAAGGAGAACAAGAAUUUCAAAAGAGGAGUUCAGAAUCCUACAGCAAAGGGUUUUGGAUUAGAUAGUUCUGUUCCUACUAAAAAUUUAGGAAAAGAAUUGUUGGCUGACAAACCAGUAGUUUCCACAGUAAUUGAAGAGGAAACUAUUCUGAGGCUAACAUAUGGAACAAGUUCCAAUACGCAGUUAAGAGAUGGAAAUAAUAAUGAGACACAAUGCUCUGAAGACGUUAUUGUGGAAUCUUUUAUUGAGGGAACGCAUCCUGUACAUGAAUCAGAGAGUAAUUUUAAUGUGGCUGCAAGUGGAAAUAAAAGUCAGCUUAAGAGAUCUAAUAGCACUUCGGCUUUGAAAAUUGAACCUGAUUCAAAAAAGGCCUUUACAGAAGGUGGAGGGUCUAUCAUUUCUGAGUUUUAUAGCACUGAUUUUGGUAGACGUAGGGAACAGUUUAGUGGUAAGAGUGUUUCAGAUAUAGUGGUUACCAGAGUGGGACAACACAUUCCCAAGCUCCGGUGUCGGGUGAUGGGAGCUUAUUUUGAAAAAAUUGGUUCAAAGUCCUUUGCAGUUUAUUCAAUUGCAGUGACAGAUGCAGAAAGCAGAACUUGGUUUGUGAAAAGAAGAUAUAGAAAUUUUGAGAGAUUACACCGACAACUUAAAGACAUUCCUAAUUAUACAUUACAUUUACCCCCAAAAAGAAUAUUCUCAUCAAGCACAGAGGACUCUUUUGUACAUCAGAGAUGCAUUCAGCUUGACAAAUAUCUGCAAGAUCUCUUGUCAAUUGCCAAUGUUGCCGAACAACAUGAAGUGUGGGAUUUUUUAAGUGUUUCAUCCAAGAAUUACUCUUUUGGAAAAUCUUCCUCAGUGAUCAGAACCUUAGCAGUAAAUGUGGAUGAUGCUGUUGAUGAUAUUGUACGCCAGUUUAGAGGCGUUUCGGAUGGCCUAAUGCGUAAAGUUGUUGGUCCCACUUCUCCCCCUUAUGAAGUCUUGUCUUCAAUCUCCACUCAGAAUUUGUCAUGGAGUUCAGAGGAGGUAAGUAAACAUAUUUCUAGGCAAGAUACAGCAGAAACCACAAAUAGCUUUUCAGACAAUGAAGAAGUGGACAAUGGUAGAAGUCAUGGCAUUGAGGAAGCCCAAUCUAGUGCAUGUGGAAAUGGGUGGCAUUCAGAUAAUGAAUUGAACUCCAAGGGUUAUCCACCUCGAGUGAUAAAACAACCAAUGAAAUUAGAUUCAGAAAAGAAACAUGAAUUUAUUGCAAAAUCUGAUACUGUUCAAGGCGGACUUUCUGAACCAAAACUUCCAGUGUUGCCUGAUGGUACAGUGGAUCCAGUUGGAAUGCCACCUGAGUGGACACCACCUAAUGUGAGUGUACCCUUGUUGAAUCUAGUAGAUAAGAUAUUUCAGCUUAAAAGAAGAGGCUGGCUAAGAAGACAGGUCUUUUGGAUAUCUAAACAAAUAUUACAGUUAGUAAUGGAGGAUGCUAUUGAUGACUGGCUCUUGAGACAAAUUCAUUGGCUUCGGAGAGAUGAUAUAAUUGCUGAAGGGAUUCGGUGGGUUCAAGAUGUUUUAUGGCCUGAUGGGACAUUCUUUCUUAAAGUAGGAAAUGGACGGGACAAAGAGGAGAAUGCUGAAUCUGAUUUAAAAUGUUUUCAAAAUAUAAACCAAAUUGGCACCAGUAAGGUCUCUAAACCUGGAUCGUUUGAGGCUCAACUUGAAGCUGCUCGCAGAGCAAGUGACGUGAAGAAAAUGCUCUUUGAUGGAGCACCCACAACAUUAGUGAGCUUGAUUGGACAUAAACAGUACAGGCGUUGUGCAAAAGACAUCUAUUAUUUCACACAGUCUACUGUCUGUGUGAAGCAACUUGGCUAUGCCAUCCUUGAACUAUCAUUGGUAUCGGUUUUCCCAGAGUUGCGAAAUCUUGUACUAGAUGUGCAUGAGAAGAUGAGUGUGCAUCAACCAGUAUAGGAAGGUAAAUAGUCUGUUUCCAUCAGUCCUGAUAGAGUGGCUGGAUAUCUUCUGGAUGAGAUAUUUUGGUUGAUAGGAAAAAUCAUCAAGUGUGGUUUUGGUGGCAUUUUGUGUAAUAUUCAUUUCGUAGAUGGUAGAAAAUAUGUUUUUGGAAACAUGCUAUGAAGUGGUAGAGGAUAGGUUUGUUUUGCCUCAUUUUUAACUGUACAGAUUUAGAUUUUUGUAGGCGUGUACAGAAGUUUGUAUAUUUCAUUUGCAAAUUUAUUGAUUUCUUCUAUAGUUUUGGUUUGGAA